UUAAACUUAAGUUGAAUUAAUUAACUGUGUCAUUCUCCCCACCUAUAAAUCUGGACAACUCUCCCUCUCCAAAACCACACCCCCCAUUUUCAGAAUUGCAGAUAGCACACUCAUCGAGGAAGCAACAGCUCUAAUCAAUGUCGACCAAGCAAAGGUUGGAGGGUAAGGUGGCUAUAGUGACAGGAGGAGCCAGUGGGAUCGGAGCAGAAUCAGUGAAAUUAUUCGCCGAAAACGGAGCAUCAGUGGUUGUAGCAGACGUUCAAGAUGAACUGGGUCACCAACUCACAGCUUCAUUAGCCCCACAUCAAGUGAGUUACCAUCACUGUGAUGUAAGAGAUGAGAAACAGGUGGAGCAAACUGUAGCUUUCGCCGUCCACAAGUACGGUCGCCUGGACGUCAUGUUUAGCAAUGCCGGCAUCGUCGGCUCCAUGGCCGGCAUACUGGAUCUCGACCUCAACGCAUUUGAUAAGACAAUGGCCGUCAACGUUAGCGGUGCGGCUGCCACCAUCAAGCACGCGGCUCGAGCCAUGGUGGCCGCAAACACCCGUGGCUCCAUUAUCUGCACGGCCAGUGCAGCUGGUUCUGUCGCCGGAAGUGGGCCCCAUGCUUACACCACGUCCAAGCAUGCUCUUGUGGGCCUUGUCCGUUCAGCUUGCGGCGACCUCGGGGCUUAUGGGAUCAGAGUGAACUGCGUGUCGCCGUAUGCGAUUGCCACACCUCUUACGUGUGCAGCGCUCAAUAAGGGGGCAGAUGAAGUUGAAGCCAUUGCCAAUUCUUCCGCUAACAUGAAGGGAAUCUCAUUGAAGGCUACCCAUAUUGCUGAAGCGGCCCUCUUUCUUGCUUCUGAUGAAUCUGUUUAUAUCAGUGGCCAUGAUCUGGUCGUCGACGGAGGCUUCACUGUCCUUAACCCUUUGUGGCUCUUGGCAACGCGUUUCACUUCUUUUCUUGUAAUGGCCGUUCUUCUAAUUUGGGAUAGCGUCAAAUAUAGUGCCACCAUCUUUUACUACUAUACUGAGUGGACUUUCACAUUAGUUACGAUUUAUUUUGCGCUGGCAAGCGUAGUAUCUGCACAUGGAUGCUGGCACAACUUAAAACCUGAACAUGAGGCAGAAGCCGAUUAUCUCAGAAGAGAUUUAGAAGAGAGUAUGUCCUCGAAGACUGCGACAUUUAAAGGGAAAGAAACGUGGGGUUCCAUGAAGUUGCAGAGCCGAUAUGCCGAAGAGGAAUUUUUACAGAGAGCAGGAUUUUGGGGUUACCUCAUGCAAAUCAUAUAUCAGAUAUGUGGAGGGGCCGUGAUCAUCACAGACAUUGUAUUUUGGUGUGUCAUAGUACCAUUCUUGUCAAUCGCCCAUUUGAAGCUAAGCCCGCUGAUGGGUUGCAUGCAUACCUUGAAUAUAGCUUUCCUGCUUGUGGAUACCGCUCUAAAUAAUCUUCCAUUUCCCUGGUUUAGAAUGGCUUACUUUGUGCUGUGGAGCUGUGCCUACAUCAUCUUCCUCUGGAUCGCUCGUGCCUGUGGCCUUUCAUGGUGGCCAUAUCCAUUCCUGGAGCUUGACAUCCCAUGGGCUCCCCUAUGGUACUUCUUCUUGGCUGUGUUCCACAUACCCUGCUAUUUGUUGUAUGUACUCAUUGUGAGAGCUAAACAUAAGAUUCUGGCAAAAUUGUUCCAGGAUGCAUUUUUAAGGCCAUAAUAAGUGACCUGCUUGACAUUGGAUUAGUUCUUGUCCUAAAUAAUAUCGAACGUGAAUGCUUCAUCCUUUUUCCA